AUGAAGAGAGACAUCUCUGCUUUUGACGCUCCCUUCUUCACCAUCUCGGCCGCCGAGGCUCAAGCCAUGGACCCUCAACAACGCAUGGCCCUCGAGUGCGCCUAUGAGGCACUUGAGAACGCUGGCAUUGGCAUGGAGGAAGUCAACGGAUCCGAGACCUCAUGCUAUGUCGGAUCCUUUACACGAGACUACAGUGAUAUGAUGGCUUGCGACCCCGAUGACCUCCCCUUGUACCACAGCACCGGUACCGGCUCAGCAAUCCUGUCCAACAGAGUCUCCUGGUUUUUCAACAUGAAGGGCCCAAGCAUCAGCCUGGACACUGCCUGCUCUUCAUCCAUGGUGGCUCUGCACCUUGGCUGCCAGAGUCUUCGUUCGCGAGAGACAACCCUGUCCGUGGUCGGCGGCACCAACUUGAUUCUCCUCCCUGACAUUAUGGGUACCAUGGGUAGCCUCAACUUCCUGAGCCCGGAUGGAAAGUGCCAGUCAUUUGACCACAAGGCCAAUGGCUACUCUCGUGGUGAAGGUGCUGCCUUUGUUAUCCUGAAACCCCUUCACCUGGAUCUCCAGGACGGCGAUGUCAUUCGUGGUGUAAUUCGCAACACUGGUGUUGGUCACGACGGCCACACUCCCGGAAUUACUCUUCCCUCGGGAGAGGCACAGGAGGCUUUGAUCAGACGUGUCUAUGCUGAGGCUGGCCUUGGCAUGGGCAACACAGACUAUGUCGAAGCUCACGGCACUGGUACCCCUGCUGGUGGCCCCGUCGAGACAGGCGCCCUUGCCCGAACACUUGCUGCGUCCCGGCCGCGCGGUGAUCCUCUGUACGUCGGCUCUAUCAAGACCAACAUCGGCCAUCUCGAAGGUGCCUCGGGCCUCGCUCAGGUUAUCAAGUCUGUCAUGAUGCUGGAGAAGGGUGAGAUUCCGCCCCUGCUCUGGUUCGACAAGGCCAACCCGCGCAUCCCUCUUGAGGAGUGGAACGUGAAGCUCGCAACGGAGCUCACUGCUUGGCCCAAUCAGGGACUACGACGCAUCUCAAUCAACUCUUUCGGUUAUGGAGGAGCAAACGCUCACUGCAUUGUUGAUGACGCCAUGAACUACCUGAAAGCACGUGGGCUUUCUGGCCAUCAUAACGUCCAAACUCUCGGCACCAUCUCCCCGACUUCAACUCCUGAUUCGGGUGUUGGCCUGCCCAGCCCUCUCAACGGCCUAACCCAGCAAUCUCCCGGAAACAUUGACUUUGAGAAGGCUACUGCGACGCCAACCCUUCUCUUGUGGACAGUCAAUGAGCAAAACGCUGCUUCGCGAAAUGGCAAGAUUCUUUCAGAGUACAUUGCCUCAAAGCUGCAGUCGGAUGAAUCUGAAAAGAGCAAGAGGGCGCUUCUCCGAAAGCUCAGCAUAACUCUCGCAACACGACGAAGCAUGCUGCCGUGGAGAAUGUUUGCAGUUGUCAACUCACUGGAGGAUGUGGUAACCCAGCUGAGAGAGUCGGCGGCCAAGCCGCUCCGAGUCACUUCGAACGCUGACACCGCACCGAAGCUGGGCUUCGUCUUCACUGGACAGGGCGCCCAGUGGUUCGCCAUGGGCAGGGAGCUCUGCGCCUACCCAGUCUUUUACAACAGUCUCCAGGCUGCGAGCAACUACCUGCUGAGCAUUGGCGCCUCCUGGUCAGCUGAGACGGAGUUCUUCCACGACGAGGAAUCCUCCAACAUACUGUCCCCCAGAAUCAGCCAGCCCAUCUGCACGGUUCUCCAGGUUGCACUGGUCGAUCUGCUCAAGACCUGGGGCAUUACUCCAACUGCGGUCGUCGGCCACUCAAGCGGAGAGAUUGGCGCGGCCUAUGCCAAAGGAGCUCUUUCACGAGAGAAUGCGUGGAAGAUUGCUUACUACCGGGGUUUUCUUUGUGGCGAGGUUGCGCCGCACUCCAGCGGUGGCAUGAUGGCGACCGGCCUGGGCCCGAAGGAGGCCAUGUCGUACAUUGAGCGCGUCACCUAUGGCUCUGCUACGGUGGCCUGUGUGAACAGCCCCGAGAGCACGACGGUUUCUGGCGAUGCCACUGCCAUCGAUGAGCUGGAGGCUAUGAUCAAGGCUGAAGGACACUUUGCCCGCAAGCUCAGAGUUGGUGUCGCCUACCACUCCGCACACAUGCAGGUCAUUGCCCAACAGUACCAGGAGGCCCUGAGCGACUUGGAAACGCUCCCUGAUACCGACAACUCCGUGACUAUGUUUUCUUCCCUCACGGGCAAGGAAAUUACCAUCAACAGCGAACUCGAUGCGGAAUAUUGGGUUGCGAACCUUGUCAGCCCCGUUCAGUUCUCUGACGCUGUUCAAUGCCUGCUCAAGCAUACCGAUGGAGACAGCAAGCAGAAGGCGAAUGCGUCAUUUGUCGACCACUUAGUAGAGGUCGGUCCAGCCGCAGCAUUGAAGGGUCCCGUCAAGCAGAUCCUUGGUCAUGAGAGUGUCGCCGCUUAA